UAUUUGAUAAACUAUUCGAAACAAAACCUUUGGUGUUAAAGGUGCGCCAAACAAUUUGUCGAAGAACCAAAGCGAAGGCAAGAAGUUUACACUGUAGUAAUGGAAAACUCACUUUUUGAGUUCAUCAUUCCUAGUGAAGAUUUUUUACCUCGCUUGUCUAAACAUCCCGCGACGGCUUUUUUACUAGGGGUGAUAAUGGUCGCUUCAUUUUUAUACGGCCUUUUUAGUAUCCAAGACCGGGCUCUGCUCUUCGCCACGGGGUCAUUUCACCCGAUCUUUCUUCCACUCUGGACUACAAAGAUGAGUGACGCGUUAGGGUUGAUCUCAGAGCCCCAUUCGUGGUUUUAUGUGCCCAAUUUAUUUUUACAGAUCAUUGGACUUGCAAUUCGUUUGGCUGUUGUUAACACCAUUGUCGUUUCCUCAGGGGAACUCUUGAUGAUUGUCGCGGCCUUUCGUUUUUUUGUGAUGCCUGCAGAGGCUAAUAUGGGAACACGUUCCUGUGUAAAGUUGUUAGUGUCGGCCUAUAUCAUGCGGGUGCUGUGGUUGUUAAGCCUGAUAUUGAUCCAAGUGCUGUGGUACCGUGUGGACACCUCGUCUUCCACAUGGUUGGGCAUUGUGGAGACGAUCAUGACGCUUCGCCCAGGGCCUAGUUGGUUGUGUGUGAUGUUCUACUUUUGGAAUGAAAUUUUGCUGAGGGUGUAUAGUUGGUCAUCGGUCGAGCCUUUGGUUUGCACAAUUGAGGGGAACUCCCUGAGGGAUAAUGAGGUUCAUUAUUCGAACCGGGAGUCUGCUCAAAGGGAGGGUGGGGAGCCCAUCCAGCAAAUUGAUGAUCGUGCAGAGGAACCACAAGAACGUAUAGUGUAUCCUUCAUCUUUUCGCUUGUUUAACAAGAUACCGCUUGGACCAGAGACACUGAGAGCGGUGGUUGUGGUUCAUUUACUUUUGCGUAUUCCAUGGGGCGAGAUUGUGUUAGCUCUAUUUAUGAGUUUAUUUGGAAGUGUAUGGAUAUACCGACGAUCUGGGGUAUUGUAGAAGACUCGUAGGGUUCCAGAGCACAAGCUUUUUAAAUCCUGCUGAUGUCAUUUUUCAUUAUCCUAUCCUUAAGCUUACUUCAGAAGGGAAGACUUCAUAGGAGACAUACACUGAAGCACCACAUGAUACGCUCUGAUUAGUUGAUCCGAUGAUUUUAUUCGAAAAUAUUGACAUUUUAAGAUGACAUUUUAUUCUACUU